CCGCUAAUCGGUCCUGCGUUUAGACAUCUGACGACUGUCUUGUCGUGUGAUCUCUUUGUUUACAUACAACACGACUCUUUGUGUUUCUAAGCAAGCAAUGGAUUUGCAACUCUUUGUUCUUGUGUAGUUACCCAUAGUGUCAAUGGUAGAAAUGGCUGUCGACAAUCAGUCAGACUCACAAGAAACCAACUCGACUUCACUGAUAGAAGACGCAUUAAACAUCAGCUUCGAAAAUGUCAGUUAUAAGGUUCGACAUGGUUUCUUUGCUGGAGGACAAAAGACAAUUCUUAACGAGCUCAGUGGACAAUUCAACGCAGGAGAACUAAGUGUUAUCGUAGGUCAGUCAGGGGCAGGAAAGAGCUCUCUAAUGGAUAUCUUAGCUGGAUACACAAAACAUACAAGCGGUAGAAUUUGCGUAAAUGGCAGAACUCGCGAUGUUAAAAUGUUUCGAAGACGAUCAUGCUACAUACUGCAAGACGACAAAGUCCAUGACAUGCUCACUGUCCACGAAUCCCUGAAGGUUGCAGCGGAACUAAAAUUAGGAAACCAUGUCAGCAAACAACAGAAACAACAACGGAUCGAAGAAAUUAUAACAUCAUUAGGUUUAAGUCAAGCAAGGGAUACGAGAGCGGGCAACUUAUCGGGGGGUCAAAAGAAGAGACUAGCCAUUGGGCUAGAACUAGUCAAUGAUCCACCUGUCAUGUUCCUCGAUGAACCUACGAGUGGUUUAGAUUGCUCAAUAUCAAAGCAACUGAUAUACCUGCUUCACCUGCUAGCAAGGCAAGGAAGAACGGUAGUGAUCAGUAUGCACCAACCAUCCACAAUGCUUCUCCACAUGGUUGACAGGUUAUAUGCGGUGGUAGCAGGGAGAUGCGCGUAUAUGGGCUCCGUAUCGAGCCUGUUACCCUACUUGAGCGAAAUGAACCUCAUUUGUCCUCCAUACCAUAAUCCAGUUGACUUUUUUAUAGAAAUAUGUUCGGAGAAUGAAAACCGUUUAGUUGAAUGUGCACAUAAUGGAAAAAAUAAGGAAUGGACACAAAAUACUCUUGCCACCGAUAGAAAAUUAUUGGAAUAUAAAGAAUAUAUACGUGAAGAGGUGUACCUGUCAACGCUGCCUGCACCAAAAGAAGAUCCUACUAGUAAAAUCCUUUUAGUUCUAAAAAGUACAUAUCCAACAAACUCAUGGAAACAAUUUUCUGUUUUGACAAGAAGAUCUCUUUUGUCCAUUUGGCGUAAUCCGUCCUUCACGAUAAUGAUUACUGGCAUACAUUGCACAAUGGCCUUGUUUGUUGGCUGUCUCUUCUUCAAUAUCGGUGGAGAAGCAAAACACGUGAGAGACAACUACAACUUCCUCUACUAUAGUCUUAUGUUUUUAAUGUUCACGGCAUUCAGUGCAACCUCCAUCCGUUUUCCAGAACAGAUACCUGUUAUACGAAGAGAACAUUUUAACCGAUGGUACAACACUGGAGCGUAUUACUUUUCAACACUGGUGGCAGCAAUACCGACGCAGACCGUUUGCACGCUCUCCUUUACCUUAAUUACGUACUGGUUGACCGGACAACCCAUAGAUUAUAAACGAUUCAUAUUAUACUGUUCUACACUUUUAUUGGUCUCGUACGUCUCUCUGUGCGUUGGUCUUUUCAAUGGAUCAAUGUUUACAAAUGGCGUCAUCUUCGGACCAUUUUUCAUUAUGCCGUUCACCAUAUUCUCUGGAUUUUUCCUUCGAUACGACGACGCACCAUUUUUUAUCCAAUGGCUUUUUCAGCUAUCAUUCCUUAAACACGGACUUAUCGGUUUAGUUAUAGCCAUUUUCGGUAUGGAUCGUCCGAAACUCCCAUGCACAGAGUUAUAUUGUCAUUACACACGCCCAGUACAAUUCAUCAAAGACAAUGGAAUGUUGGGUGAACAGUAUUCAGUAGCUAUGAUCGCUCUUUGCACUAUCGGGUUCGCGUUCAUUGCCGUUGCUUACAUUGUAUUGAAAGUAAGAUUAAAACGUAAAUGGUAAAGCUUAGUUUUAAUAACAAUAGGAAAAACAUUCCGGCGUAAUUUAAGCUUGGCUGUGAUUAGAGGUGAAAUGUAUAGUAAAUGUGGCUACAUGAUGAGCUAUCUUACUUUUAAUGUAUUUUUAACUGAGACAAUGAAUCGAAAAUAGAAAUAAUGUUGUAUAGCUAAAGUAUAUCUUUAUGUUAUCAAAGAACAAAUGCCAAAUAAAAAAUAACUAAACGCAA